GUUGGAACAAGUCCAAAGUCUGAAUGACAAAUAAAAACGCCAUGUAACUGCGUAGAAAGUCACUAGACUGCUGUCCACCUGGCGGUGAAGAUGGUUCGUACGGCGUCUUGUUUCCUGUUAGCCGUGUGCCUUGUGUGCGCCGUGCCGCCAAGUCUGCAGGCGAAGAUGAAAACCCUACUGGUUUCUAUGGAUGGUUUUCGUUGGGACUAUUUGCAGAAAGCUUCAACCCCCAACAUUGACCAGAUGGCAAGAGAAGGCGUCAAGGCACCGUAUAUCUACAGCACCUUCGUCACAAAGUCCUUCCCUAACCACUUCAGUAUAGUCACAGGUUUGUACCAAGAAAGUCAUGGCAUCGUGGGUAACAGUAUGUACGACCCUGAACUAGACGACUUUUUCUGGAAGGGUGUUCAUACUGCUGAAUGGUGGGAUGUUGGAGCCGAGCCAAUCUGGCAGUCGGCACGAAUGCAGGGCCGCAAAUCAGCUGCUUACUUCUGGCCUGGGAGCGAGGCGCCUAUCAAGGGCAUGCAUCCAGAUAUCUGGGUACCUUAUAACGAAAGUCAUUCGGCUCAGUUCCGUGUGGACAGAGUGAUGGAAUGGUUUGUGGAAGAAGAUAUCGACAUCGUGACUUUGUACUUGGAGGAGCCAGAUGCCACAGGGCACGCUUAUGGGGCGGACGGACCAGAGGUCAUUGAAAAGUCCGAGCAGAUGGACGGCGUGCUGGGGUACCUGCUGCAGAGGGUACGGGACGCCGGGCUGGAGGACAGUCUCAACAUCCUCCUGGUGAGCGACCACGGCAUGGCGACCAUCAGCACUGACCGCAUCAUCUCUCUGUACGACUACGUCAAUAAGUCUUGGAUAGACAAGAUAGCUGACUUCGCUCCAUUGGCUAGCAUUCUGCCCGUCAGUGGUCGUGAGGACGACGUGGUGAACGCCCUACAGAACGCUCACCCCAACAUGACUGUGUACAGGAAGGAAGAUCUCCCCGAGCGCUUGCACUACUCCAAGCACAGGCGCAUCAUGCCGCUCCUGGCUGUUACGGACGAGGGAUGGCUUAUUGUCCCUAACAAGUCCGAGCUCACCCCCGACCAGCUGGCCUUCAAGGGUAUGCACGGCUGGGACCAGGAGAUGUCGUCCAUGCGAACUAUCUUCGCGGCCCGAGGUCCGAGUUUCCGCCGCGGCCAUCGCGUGCCUCCAUUUCACAACGUCGACAUCUACAACCUGCUGUGCUCCCUGAUCGACAUCACCCCCGCCCCCAACAACGGAUCCUGGGAACGAGUCCGGGGUCUCCUCGCCGAGCGUACUGCGUCCGUUGCUAUGGCGAUGACUCCAAACUACCCUCUUUUGCUUGUCAUCUUCGUCAUUUUAACUACCAUUAAGAUGAACUUUGCGUAAGUUAAGAUUUUGGAGUUUUUUUUAAAUGAUGACCGUGCUGUACUCCUGCUAUUUCGACCUAAUAGCAUCUAAUAACAUCGAAUACUGGAACAUACUGGAAAUAGUCCACUUGCUCAGUUAGUCUUCAAACAGCAUAAUAAGGACAUGUCUUACGUAUACUCUCAGUGUAUGAUAUAAUUCAAGAUGUGUGGCGAACAUGUCCUCAAUUGUACGUAACAUAACCAUUUUAGCUUGGUUGCUUUUCAAUGUUAGACAUGACAACGCAGUUUUCUACAUGAUAAGUGAGUGGUCCACAUCUCUGUUGAAGAGAGUCGCUCAUGAAUAUCAUAUUUUUGACCAUGCUUUUUUUUAUCCAAUACAAGUAGUUUGCCUUCUUUUUCUGUUUGAAAAAUGUAGUCAACAAAGUAAGGCUUUCUACUUUGAGCCCAGAACAGUAUUAUUUACCUUGUAAGCUCUUAAGGUUUCUUCCCUGGCUUUGAUUUUCACCUUCCACCGUUUUCUCAUUAAUGAAUUGAGAAUUGAGUUACGUGUAUUAUCUUUUUUAAGACUCGGAAAAUACAGCACUUUAGUACAUACCACUGCAAGGAAAAUGUGUUAGAUAUAUCAAAAUGUACAAAUAAGCUUGGCUUUUACAAAACUUAAAAAUCGUUUUGCGCAACUCAUUAGCCUCCGAAACAGUAAAUGUCGAAAAUGUACAUCAUACGAGGGCGGUUCAAAAAUUAAUGCCACUGGUUUUAUAACAGGCUCAUGUUUUCAUCGAAUGAGCUGAAAUUUGGCGCAAAGGUACAAGAAUAUAUCCUCUUAAGAUUGACAUAUUUUAAUUUGUUGUUAAAAUGUUUAUGAGUGACUGAGUUGAGUUCAAGAUGACGACACCCCUGUUAUCCCGUCGGAAGAAAUUAGAGGGUUAAUUAACGUGCAAUUGAUAAUGUCUUUAAUUCACUUGUAGCUAUUGUAAGAAACUGAAAUUGCACAUGUAUCAAGUAGCACUUCUCUGUAAGCCACAUGCUUAUUUUAAUUUUGUCAAUACAAUCAUUUAUUAUUUUUUCGUUCCUGGUGUGAAGUGAGGUCGCCAGGGUCGUAAUUAGCGGUGGAUCAGGGGUGAGCUGCUUAAAGUGUCCAUAACCGACUUUUUUAUUAACUGAGAAAAAUCAAACUUAACACACUUCUUCAUCUUGAAACAGUUAAUAAUUGUGCCAAGUUUCGCAUCUUUUGGAUAAUGGAAAAGCAGUCUACAAAAACCUUUAUUCAACAAAUCACGUA